AUGCCCGAACUAGUCAUGGAAAAGAUAUUAUCCGAUUUGGAUUUUUUCGAUUUAAUUUCCCUUCGAAAAGUUUGCCAAUCUAUUCGAUUUUUCAUCGAUAAUUUCCGAAAAAUGAAUCCAAAAUUACAAAGCAUUCGGAUUACUGUAGAACCAAAAUCAAUAAAAUCGACUUAUCGAUUUUUGGAUAAUUCGGAAAGAUUGAUAAUUUAUCAGACGCUUCCAAAUAGAUCAAGUUUGUUGAAGUGGGAUCAAAAGAAAAGAAUUUUGGCAAAUUCGAAUUAUAUGGAUAUUUUUUUGAAGGAUUUCGAGAUUUUCUGGAAGAAUCAAAAGCUGAAAAUGGAGAAAUUCCAGCUGGAUCUAGCUGGAAAUCCCUUAAAAAUCAUCUAUGGAAUUCGAAAAAUUUUGGCGGCAAAUUAUGAGAAUAAUUCAAAUUUCGAACUUGGAAAAUUUGAAAUUGAAACAUCGAAUCCUUGUCAAAUUCCCAAAAUUUUAUCGAAAAUAAAUCCGAAAACUCCUGGAAAUUUGGAAUAA